UAGCCCAACACGGAAGUGACGGUUCGCAUUCGCAGAAAGCGUUGUUUUGCUUCAUCUUCAGCUAACUUUCAGCCAAGAGGACACCUCUUUUACACUCAAACUUCAAAAUGUCUUCAGACUUUGAAGCCUACGAACAGGAAUUUGGAACCCUGACAGCAGAAAUAACAAACAAAAUUGGAAGGAUUCCCAAAUUAGGUGGAGAGGAGAAGACACAGCUGGUUCUAAAUGUCGACAAACAGCUUGAAGAAGUCAGAGAAUUGAUGGAGCAGAUGGAUCUGGAGGUGCGUGAGAUCCCCAUCCAGAGCAGAGGCAUGUACCAGAGCAGACUGAAGAGCUACAAGGGGGAGAUGGAGAAGCUGGAGAAAGACUUUAAAAGGUCACGUAUCGCCUACAGUGAUGAGGUGCGGAACGAGCUCCUGGGGGAAGACGCCGGCUCCUCGGAGAGUCAGUUGAUAAAGUUACGUGAAGAGAAAGCACAUCUGUUGGACAACACAGAGAAGUUGGAAAGGUCAUCUCGGAGGCUCGAAGCUGGCUACCAGAUAGCAGUGGAAACCGAACAAGUGGGCCAAGAGAUCCUGGCUAACUUACACAGUGACCGCGAGAAGAUCCAGAGAUCCAGAGAUCGGAAUCAUCCAGAACCGAGUCCUGGUCUUCGUCCUCGGCGCCACCAUCCUCCUCACCAUCAUUCUGGCCAUCUAUUUCAAUGUGCGAGGGCACUGAUCUCCCCCAAUGCUCUCUCACACACACACACACACGCACUCCGUCACACACAGACACACAAAACACGCAUGAUUAAUAGCGACAAAAGUGUUGGCUCUGGAGUAAUUAGAACAAAUGGUGCCCAUGAAUCACUCUUUCUGGACCCUGACAGGGGUCUCUCUCUCACUCGCUUUCUCUCUGAGACAGCCCCCUCAGUUUCUUUUAUUGCUAUUGAUAAUAUUCAUGGUGUCGUUGUCACUGGACUGUGUUUAGCAUUGGAGAUCUUUCUUUUCCCUGGGUGGAGAGGGCCUGUAGGGGAUUCAAAAAGUCUAGACGGGUUCAACUUCCUACUGUUGUUCAUUCGCCACUUUCCAUGGUUUGACCUAAGGUGUUUGCGGGUCCCAUUGCUAUGUGUGUGUGUGUGUGUGUGUGUGUGUGUGGUGUGUGUGAGUGCUUGUAUAUCUGUACGUGGAGCUUUUCUCUCCCUCUGUCAGACCAACUUUCAACACGUCUAGUCUAUUAAGCGCUCGACUCAACUCUUUGUGUGCAAGAUUAAGAUGGGGGGCCUACUAUAUGAAUUACCCAGCCUACUGGCAUGUAGCUCCUAGCUAUCCUCUUUAUGAACUGAACAUACAGCACAGCACAAAGGCCAGUGCCUUCAAAUAAGUGGUGGUAUUCAGUGUCGCCUUUUUUUCAGCACGGUUGGGCCCAAAUAUGAGAGAUGCAUUUGUAAAUGGAAGAUAUAUUCAACCUAUAGAAAAUGCAUGAACAAGUUUGCUUCUGUUUUAGCUCAAGGAAGGAGACUCAGGAUUUGCUGGGAAAUCCCCUUUUUAUCCACCCUCCUCACAUUACUAACUCCUAUCACUGUUAUCUGACUGUAAGGGAUCUUAAUAGUGUCCAGACUCCAUUUUGUUUUUACACACAAGACAUUAAUAGAGAAUUGAUAAUAGUAGGCAACAUACUGUACUAACAGGUAAAUGUACAUACUGUACGUAGAAAAAUCAUUUGUUGGGGGGGGGGGUUCAACAGCAAUUCUGUUUAUUUAUUUAUAAACAUUGUUUUAGAAUUGAUGCUAGAUUUUUGGGAUUAGCGUUAAAGAUUAUGUGAUACUAAGUGUAUAUUUUAUGAAGUCUAUUAUAAACAUAAACUGACGCAGACUAAUCGUCUUUGGCCGGCGAAUCACAUGACUUGUAUAGUAUUGUAUAGUCCAGGACCAAUUGAAACAUGGAUUGCUUUGAUUGUGUGUGAAUUCAGACUUGUCAUUUUUAAUAUGAGUGAAAUUGCUCUGUUGUCCUGUCUAUAUUAUUGUAUUUCUUUUUUUUUUUGUCAAGUUGUAAUGAUGACAAUAAUAAUGCAGUACUUUUACAUAGAGCCUUUUACCCGAAAGUCUUCAAGCUGACAAUGAUGUUCCAUGCUCUUUUUACCAACUCACAAUACUGUGUGUUUUAGUCCUUGUUUUGUAGUUAAAAGCCAUUCUACUGUUUGUGGACAGGUUAAUAUUGUUGUAUUUUAUGUGUAUAAUCAGAGACAAGGAAAAUGUUGGACUGUUGAGGGUGGAUUCCAGUGUCCAGUCAUGAGGGCUGAAUUAUGCUCUUAUAAUGUCACGCACAUUACACUCACACAGAAACAUACUCUCUCUAAAACCUACACCGGUACCCCCACGUCCACUUCGAACACACAGACAGACUCACAGACAGACAGAAGACCGGUGGUCUCUGCCUGGCUCAGACCAGACGGCCGCCUGCCUCCGUGUGGCAGAACGCCCUCGCGCACGAGAGAGAGGCCAUUUGCUAUUCUGUUUCAGGGCGAGCGGAUUGUCUUAUCCUGGAAGCAUGCUUGGUGAUGGGGGGGGCUUUCUCCGCCACCCCCUCCCAGCCGCCCGGCGGCUUCAAAGGUUCAUAUUAAUGGGCAACAAAAUAGUUUGUCUCUGUCCGUCCCAUGUGGGGCCAGCCCGUGGAGAGUUAUCAUUAAGUUGAGGAAUAACGAACAAAGAGGAGAAGAAGCAGAAGUGGAAAUAAGGAGGUUGAGGGAGGGAGGAGAAAUCCCUGCCAGUUUGACAAACCUCAUCGGAUAAGCACCUGUGCAAUUGGUUUUUCCAUCAAAAGGAGAAACUGGUCUGUGUGGAGGUCUGUGUGAGAGUCUAUACAUGGAGGUUGGUGUAUAUGAGCAAAAGAACGUAAUCUUGUGUGUAUGUGUCUGCUAUUCACCUAUGUGUGUGCCCGUCCUCUCUCCCCUGUCCCCCCCCUCAACCCACCACUCCUCCCUCUGUCUCUUCCUCCGUCUCUCUCCCAGCCUGUCAGUAUGAGCUGAGUUGUAGCGCUGCUGCAGCCUCCCUUCCGCGUGCGAGCGUGGCUGCGGCAGGCAGCGAGCGCGGCUCUAUUUGAAGUUGUAAUGGUGUCAAAAAGUCAGGGCUGACUGACAGCCGUCAGUCCCACAGGGCCUCAUUAAAAACAGACCCACUUGACAAGGAAAUAAUUGAGCGCCGGCGACAACUCUGCCUGGGUUCCGUUUAGAUGUUUUUAUUUUCUUUCAUUAUUAUUUCUGGCUAUUAUGUUCAUUAAGAAAUUGCAUUAAACAACUUUAGAUAUGGGGGGUUAACAAUUUAUGGGGGGGGUAUUUAAACAGGAAGCCUGUCGUGGUUCAAUGGCUUGGCAGACGCCUGGUAUCAUCUGCCAGCGUUCUCCUUCUCCUCUCGUUCUUUCUCUCAUUCUCUCCGUUUUCUCUGCCCAUCCUAGUCUUAUCUUUUUCCCCCCAUCCCUCUAAUACAGUAUCUCUACAUGCCUCCCUACUUCUCUCUCUCAUCAUCUCCCACGUCUCUCUAUCCAUCCAUCCCUCUCUCUUUCCUUCCUUCCCUCCCUCUUUCCCUCAGAGCAGCGGGCGCCUUUGGAAUAUGAAAUAGAUUAUUCAUUACCCCCCUUCUCCUCUUUGUGACUGAAUUUGGUUUUUGACGAGCGUCUCGCCAUGGAGAGGUGGAUGAAAACUUGUCAAAAAAUAGGUUAUAUCUUAUUCCAAGGGGCAACAAUAGCAGCAGGUACAGACACCUUUUAAUAUUUCAUUAAGCCCAGUGUUAACCCUCCUUAAGUGACUGGAGGUGUGGGAGCUCCGUAAAGACAGGGAGAUGGGGGGGGGGUGGGGGGGGCAUUUGAUGUCUAAAGCUUUUUCAAAGCUUCUACGCCUCUGAUUCGCUAGACAGGCUAGUCUUUGGGUGUCCUUGGCCAUGGUUAUAUGAACAUUGUCUGAGUGGCUGGUGAGUCGUCGUGUCCUUGUUUUGGAGAUGUAUGUUCUUGGCCAUGUGCAUCGUUGAUUGUAACACAAUACCAUAUAGGCGCAUGUGCUUACCAAGGACCCUCUCAACCACAAUGCAGGUUAAGCUUACAGCUCCUGGUGUUUGAUGCGCAAACCAGGGCUAUUCUUCUGAAGAUUUGUAAGAUGUGCUUCUAAAACCGGUGAAAGGGGGCAAAUUGUUCCCCAGGCAAGCCAACCUCUCGGCGGCGUUCCCUUCCAGUACAAAAUCCUGCCGUUUUGUCAGCCGUUUAGGGCGGACAGGGAUUGUGACAAGGAGCGUUUGAGCCGUUCUUCCUCUGAAGGGUGGGCCUUAAACGGGAUAAACAGCUCCAACAGUGGGAUCGCGAUGGGAGGCAGGCGGGUUUAUCUCCCAGAGAGUUUCUGUGAGUCUCAGUGUCCCGCUACAAGGGACGCCUGCCCACCCGCAGACCACGGAGUAGAAAUCCACAAUGACACCGUUUGACAAUACGAAUGAAUCUGCCUCUGUUUCGACUGUCCACACACAUCCAUAGACACAUUACACACACACACACACAGCCAUCUCCACUAUCACACGUGCUGGACUAACACCCCCCCCCCUUUUUUUAUUGUUAAGCAGUAGAGAGAGAGAUAUGUCCCCCCUUUGUACAUGCCACCAGUCCAAGUAGAAUGGCUUUCUUUCUUUACCACCAUGAACGCUGUUGUUCAUUUUCAUGGUGUUUAUGCUCACAAGGACAUGACAAUGACCCUAUUCUCUGUGGAAAUCACUGGCCUCCCCUUGCGAGUACGUAUGUACACGUGUUCAUUGAUUCAGUGAAGAGAUGUCAGCGCAAUGGUCGAGAAGUCCUGUUGAGUGCAGUUGUCGGUGUGUGUGUGUGCAUUGUGUGCACGUGUCUCGGUCUGUCCAAAAUGUCCACCCGUAGCGUAAGUCUUGACGAUCAGGUCCAUUUAACCCUUCAUCCGUAGCUGAACUGUACGCACCAUGCUGCUUUUCAUCCCUUUUUUGGGCUGUUUAGUUUUUCCCGACACAUUUUCUGAUUUCUGUAGAUGAAGAAUGCUUUUGUCGUCAUUAAAGCAGUAUUGUAUUGGGACAACAAAGAUGCCCUGUCA